CCAACCCCAGGGCCAAGUCAAGAGGGAGCUCAGGCACUGCCUCCCUACCCAGCCAGCUCUGCCGGGCAGGGCCGGGAGGGAGUGGGACAGAUUCUGGGAGUGCAGUGGGGAGGCGUCGUGGCUGGCUGAGCGCGGGGAGCUGCUUGGCCGUGCCAGAGCCCAGGCCCCAGAGCCCCGCGGGAGAGGAGGUGGACCGAGAAGGCAGGCCCCGUGAGGCGUGAGGCAGUGACAUGGCUGACUCCUACACGGAGCUGGAGAAGGCGGUGGUCGUCCUGGUGGAAAACUUCUACAAGUACGUGUCCAAGCACAGCCUGGUCAAGAACAAGAUCAGCAAGAGCAGCUUCCGGAAGAUGCUUCAGAAAGAGCUCAACCAUAUGCUGACGGACACAGGGAACCGGAAGGCUGCUGACAAGCUCAUCCAGAACCUGGACGCCAACCACGAUGGGCGCAUCAGCUUCGACGAGUACUGGACCUUGAUAGGCGGCAUCACGAGCCCUAUCGCCAACCUCAUCCGCCAGCAGGAGCAGCAGAGCAGCAGCUAGAGGACCCCUCCCACCAUCCCUUCCCCCGAUGCUCUUCCUGCGCCCCCUCCUCAGCCUCCUCUGCCCACUCAGGCCCCUGCCCUCUCUUCUCCCUCUAGACCUUCUCCUGACCAUUGCUGAACGGGGGAGGAGGGGACAUCGGGGCCCCUUUGUGAGUGUCUCCGUCUGGGGGUGCCUCCCUGAGGGUCUCAGUCCCUGGAGCCAGCAGACCCUGGGCCCCCUCUGUGACAAUGCUGUACGGGGAGCCAAGUGUUUCCCCACCUGUUCAGUCCACCUACUCUUCCCAGCUUCUGAUGUUCCUGCCUGAUUCCGGGUCUCUUGACUUUAGAGGUCAGCUUGCUGCUUCAGGUCUCCCUGCUUCUGGCAGCACCAGCAGAGACUUCUCUCUCCCCUUUCCCUCAGCCCCUCUGCUGGGAAAAGGAGACGUCCAGGGACUGCCCUCCAGCUGCCUCUGGGUCUGGGAACAGGGUUGAGCCCCCUCCUUCCUCCUCAGCCACUGAAAUGGGCAACAAAGGCUGGAUUUGGAGUUUGUGUGCCCCUCACCCAGUCCCUUUGUAAUGUUCAUUAAAACCUUUCCACUCCUUGGAACCUCUU